AUGGGGAAUACAUCAGCCCCCCCUACGACCUCACGGAUCGUGGACGAGGCUCAGUUGUGCGAGCGGUUCCCCCUGACUUACAACUACAUUCACACCUUUGAUAGGGGCAAAGGAGGAGCGUGGUAUAUCCCCCCAGAAUGGCUUCCCGCAAACCAGGCGCCACCAAGAACCAUCAUCGAAGCGGCCCAGCUAGCCUCAAAAGCAGCCGCAUCAAACCCCGAGCGAAGAAUCCCGUUUUCAAACAUCCCGCUCCUGGUUCAUCAGAAAUGGGAUACGACGCAACUCAACGGCACAAAGGAGUCGAUUCUCACCUAUGUGGAACAAUGGCUGAUGUAUUCCAUCACACCUCCGGCUGGAGCCAAUCCCAUGGCCUAUUUUCUCUGGGAUAACGAAGGAGUUCUGGAAUUGAUGGAAGAGUAUGAGAAUGACCAAACAACGGAUUUUAUCGAAGUCUUUUCGCCAGUGGAAAAGGUUGACAUUUUCCGAAUCGUUGCUUGUAAAUGGUUUGGAGGCAUUUACGGCGACAUAGACACAAAGCCACUCCAACACCCCUCCCAAUGGAUUCGUUCGACCGAUCUCUCAGAAUGGACUGAUGAACUCACUGGGAAAACCUACGGAGCAGCAGCAGCAGCAGCACAAGUACCCCAAGAUCCCUCGCAAGCCCAGCCCGUCAACGCAAUCUGGGGCAUCGAAUGCGACACGGACCCCGACACAAACACCCACUGGCGCUCCUCCUACACGUAUCCCGUCCAGCUCACAAACUGGGCGCUGGCGUCUGCUCCCCAACACCCUAUCCUCCAGUACUUCCUCGACCGUAUACCCGAGAAGGCGGCAGAGGCCAGACACAGGGCUGCGCAUACGCCAGGUGUCAGCAGCCUCGCAGAGCUCCAUUACGACCCAGUCACACGGACUGGGCCGGUAGCCGUUACGCAGGCAACGAGUUGGUUCCUAGAACAGCAUGACGGGCUGAGAUGGAAUGCGCUCACGGGGCUCAAAGACGGAGGCAAGAACAAGGUUGUUGGCGAUGUACUGAUUCUCCCUAUAACCGGAUUCAGCCCAACAACAAAGAAAUUCAACCGAAACGGUAAAGGAGGCUGGGACCAUCCCGAUGCCAGACUCGCCCAUACGGCCAUGGGCUCAUGGCAUCACACAAAUCUCAUUGUCGAGUAUGGAAAGUUUUGCCGCUCCGUCUUUGGCUUGUGCAAGGACUGGCAGAAGAUGUGGUGA